AUGAAGUUCAGGAAUAUAUUGAAGAAUGAGAAGAAUGAGAAGAACGAGGCUUCCGCCUCGACUUCUCAUGCUUCCGAAGACAUAGAAAUUAUACCAUCCCGCUACGAUAACGAGAAGUUCUACUCCGCCACAGAGGCCACACAUAAGAAGAAAACCGGCUCUACAGGGUUCGACGAUACCAUCUCGCUGACACAUACGCUCUCUAGGUCGCGCAUACCCACGUCUAUGGAGGACGAGGAUGCCGAAGAAGCAGAGGUGCACGACACUCGUGUCAAGCGUGCGUUGAAACAGAGACACAUCGGUAUGAUCGCCCUGGGUGGUACUAUCGGUACUGGUCUGUUCGUCGGUAUCUCCACGCCGCUGUCCAACUCGGGCCCCGUGGGCGCUCUGAUCGCGUACAUCUUCAUGGGUACCAUCAUCUACUUCGUCACACAGUCCCUGGGUGAAAUGGCCACUUUCAUCCCCGUCACUUCCUCCAUCACAGUCUUCUCAAAGAGAUUCCUGUCGCCUGCAUUCGGUGUCGCUAACGGCUACAUGUACUGGUUCAACUGGGCCAUCACCUACGCAGUAGAAGUCUCCGUCAUCGGCCAGGUCAUCCAGUACUGGACUUUUAAAGUGCCUCUGGCCGCCUGGAUCGGUAUCUUCUGGGUCCUGAUCACACUGAUGAACUUCUUCCCAGUGAAAAUAUACGGUGAAUUCGAGUUCUGGGUCGCAUCCAUCAAAGUCAUCGCCAUCGUCGGCUACUUGAUAUACGCCCUGAUCAUCGUGUGCGGUGGAUCCCACCAGGGCCCUAUCGGCUUCCGUUACUGGCGUAACCCUGGUGCCAUGGGCGCCGGUAUCAUCUCGUCAGACCUGGGAGAAGCCAGAUUCUUGGGCUGGGUCUCGUCAUUGAUCAACGCUGCGUUCACUUACCAAGGUACUGAACUGGUCGGUAUCACCGCCGGUGAAGCCGCAAACCCAAGAAAGUCCGUGCCAAGAGCCAUCAACAAAGUGGUCUUCAGAAUCGUGCUCUUCUACAUCAUGUCCUUGUUCUUCGUCGGCCUGUUGGUUCCAUACAACGACCCUCGUCUGUCAGCAAGCUCCGCCGUCAUCGCAUCUUCGCCAUUUGUCAUCUCUAUCCAAAACGCAGGUACAAAAGUACUACCAGAUAUCUUCAACGCGGUCGUCUUAGUCACCGUCAUCUCAGCAGCUAACUCCAACGUCUACGUCGGCUCCCGUGUCCUUUACGCCUUGGCCCAAAGCGGCAACGCUCCAAAGCAAUUUGCCUACGUGACCCGCCACGGUGUCCCAUACCUGGGUGUGAUCUGCACAGCUUUGCUGGGUCUACUGGCUUUCUUGGUUGUUAACCACAACGCCAACACCGCUUUCAACUGGCUGAUCAAUAUCUCCACUCUGGCUGGUCUAUGUGCUUGGUUAUUCAUCUCCUUGGCUCACAUCAGAUUCAUGCAAGCAUUGAAGUUCCGUGGUAUCUCCAGAGAUGACCUACCAUUCAAGGCUAAGUUCAUGCCUUGGGGUGCCUACUACGCUUCUUUCUUCGUUACCGUUAUUAUCUUCAUCCAAGGUUUCCAAGCCUUCGCUCCUAAGUUUGACGUGUCAGAAUUCUUUACCGCUUACAUCUCCUUGAUACUGCUGGUCGUGUUAUUCGCUGGUUGCCAAUUGUACUACAGAUGCAGAUUCUUAUGGAAGUUAGAAGACAUCGACAUUGAUAGUGAUAGAAGAGAAAUUGAUGCUAUUGUGUGGGAAGACGACGAACCUCAGAACCUGUGGGAGAAGUUCUGGGCCGCAGUCGCUUAA